AUGUCGCUUUACUGCAUUGUCAUUGGCGGAAACAUCGUCCACAUGUCCCUUCAUGACGCUGUGAGAGAGGGUAACUUCGGACUUGUACGAAUGCUUCUACAGAAAGGAGCAAACCCAAACGAACGAAACAAGAACAAGACCACGCCGCUCUAUCUGGCGUGCCUGGAAGGCUGGGAUCAUAUUGUUCGUUUGUUAUUGGAUCAUGGUGCAGAUAUGGAAGCAGCCCAAAAGUUUGGCUCCAAGCCUUUGCAUGCGGCCUGUGAAAGGAGCUUGAACGUUGCGCGGCUUCUCUUGGAAAAGGGGGCCAAUGUGGAGGCCAAGGAUUCGGAAGGAAGAUCACCGUUGCAGAUUGCAUGCAAGAAUGGACGACUAGAAGUUAUGCAACUCUUAUUAGACCACAAUGCUGAUAUCGAAUCCAAGUGCUCGGAGAUGAAGACAGCAUUGCAUUGGGCUUGCAGAAGGGACAAUCUUGAAUUUGUUCAACUGCUUCUUGAUUGCGGCGCAAACAUUAAUGCCAAAGACGAUAAUGAAGGGACGCCAUUGCAUUUCGCUUGUGAGAAUGGCCGAUUGAAGAUAAUACGACUCUUGUUAGACCGCGGUGCGGAGAUAAACGCCCAGGACAAGAACGGGUACACAGGAAUGCAUCUGACAGCGUCCAUGAAUUAUUGUAACUCCACACAGUUGUUGAUUGAUCGUGGCGGCGACGUGAAUGCCAAAGGUGGCGCUACAGGAUGGACGCCUUUGCAUUUGUCCUGUAAAUUUGCGAGAUACCAGGCUGCCCGCAUGUUAAUAAAUAGUGGUGCCUCUGUCAACUCUCGUGGGAAACAGCAAAUGACACCACUACAUCUAGCAUGCGCAUAUGGUCAUGUGGAGCUUGCCCGGCUCCUACUCGAUAGAAAAGCAGAUGUAGAAGCGAAAACAACAUUGAAUUGGACAGCAUUGCACCUUGCAUGUAGAUCUGGGCGACUCGAGGCUGCUAGCUUGCUACUACAGCGGAGCGCCAGUCUGGACGCUAAAACCAACGAGGACGAGCUGACGCCGUUGCAUAUGGCGUGUCAAUACGAUCAGUUGGAGGUUGUAUGGACGCUGAUGCAGUACAGCCCGUUGCAGUUUUUCAAAUCGUCAUAG